AAAUGUCUUAGUAAGCUACAAAAAAAUACCUAACUAUCGCGUGUCGUGCUCUUAUUAUGUGUCUGAAAUCAUCGCGAACCUUGUCCCCUACUGUCUGUAUCGAAUGCUAAUUCGUAAAAUGAUCGAUCGGCAAACAUCGAUGAACUGGAUGGUGCGCUUCGAAUGCUUGGUUACUGUGUUGUCAAGCCGUGUUGCUCUUUAGGAUGUAGGUAGGAAAGAAAAAAUACCUAGGAAGUCUUUCCUCGUAGCCUAAAAGGAGGUCUGCUCAACCCAUGGCUGCCAUAGACAAUCGCCUUCAUGUGUACUACGUAACAAUACCUGUCGAACGUCACGAAAGUGGAGUGGACAACCCCUUUCGACCAGAUGGCGAAUUAAGCCGGGAAGCAGACACCAUUGUCAGCCUUAUCAAGGAAGGCAAGCCUAUUACUCCUGUGAAGGGAGAAGAACUGGACAUCGAUGGUGUGGUGGCCAAUGGUAUUUCGCAUGACCAGACAGACUCUAUGAUCACUGGACCUGCUUCUCCAAAUGGGAAGGAGGUCAAAGAGGUGGCGAUAACUCCAAACAGCACCUCUCCACUGGAAUCCAAACCGAAAGCUGGUGCAAACGGCAGUACUCCCAAGGAUCAGAAUUCAGCUCCAGGAAUCGUAGAGGUGCAGCAUGGUGUCAUAGUGCCACCGACUGAUGCCCCAGCUGUGGAACAGGUGGUCAUCAAGAAGAAGCCAAAAUGCAAGUGCUGUGUUAUCCAGUAGACUGGUUUGCCUGGUUGAAGAACGUGAAAUUGACGCUGUGAAUUUCAUUAAAUAUAUAUAUUAUGCGAAAAGGUGACCUAUAUAUGUGCUAGGUCAUCUAAUACAGCUUAUCUUUUCCACUGUGCAUUUCUUGACAAAAAAAGAAAAAAAAGAAAAAAAACCAAAAAAAGGAACAGAUAUGUGUUGCAGGUGAUGAGACGGCUAUAUCUGCUGAGCCACCUCUUUGUUGAGCUAGUGUUGCUGUGUUCCUCAGUAAGGUUGUGGUAGUGUUGACUUUAUGCAUAAAAAGAAAAAAAAAGACUUGGAUUAAAAACUGAUUCUCUUCUUGAAGAUUCUGCGUGAACGUGUUUGUAUGUGAUGAGAAUGACUUGUGUUAAAUAUGAAGAAUACUUUUACAUGAUAUGACCAUUUUAAUUUCAGCGUUUGCUGCAUUUCGCUUUAUGCCUUCAAUGUCAUUUUUAUGAUUUUACUAUGCAAUAUCACAGUGGCUGUUUUGAGUUAUUUUUCUGACUGUUAUGUGCCCAGUUCCAUGUGCAGUUUGAAAAAUAUCAUUAGAAAGCAAGAGUGCAUCUGUUUCAUAUCAUACAGAGUUGCAAAAUUUUAUUCCAGUAUAUGUGAAAGAUGUAUUUAAUAUCUUUAACAAAUGAAAAUUAUGAACUGUUACAAAAUAAUUAUACAUAUUGUUCCAAUGUGGUAUUUUAUGUAAUCUAAAGAAAUGCUGUGAAAUUAAAUUACUUAUCGUAAUUAAUGGAAGUUAUUUUAUUAUAUUUAUGUAUCAGUUUGCUAGUUGUUAUAAUUCAUUGACAUUUUUGCCACAUAUUCAUGUGUGUAAUUUUGAUUAAAAAUUGCUGAUAAGCAGAUAUAAUUUUAAAAUUUUCGUUGAAAUUUUUAAUAAUUUUGCUUAUUACUGUGAUUUUAAAUUUUAAAGCCCUAUGUGCAGCUUCAAUUUUUGUCUUAUUUAAGGCUAUACGCCUUAUCAUGAUAUUUGUCAAUUAUUAGUAUUUAGUAAUAUAUUAGUCUGCAGUUCUCUGUAUAAUGAAGAAAGAAGGUGAUAUUGCAUAGUGAAAAAUUAUUACAAAUUAGAUUAGCUUUUCACAGCUAAAGGUGAAGGUUGGUCUUCAAAAAUAUGGUUAAUCACUUAAUUGCUUUUGAUGAAUGUAGAGGAUGCAGAACUUGGGAAAAGAAGAAAAUAAAUCUAUUUAAUAUAUUCGUAUAGUGCUUCAUAUUUUAUGUACUUUAAUUGAAGUAAUUUUUUAUAAGUCACGUGUUUAAAUUAUGCUAUCAAAAUUUUUAUUGAAUGUACAGAAGACCAAAACUUUCUAAUCUUUCUGAUAAUUAACAUAUGAGAGAUAUCUAAAUCCUUAUAAGGAUUGGUAGCUAGGUCUAAUUAUUUUGAAAUGUAAUAUGAUAUGUUAUUUUUUAAGUUAUACCUUUUUCGUUUCAUAGCAGAUAAAUUUUAAUUAGCAACUGAAUUAUUUCUUUUAUAUUAGUUUCCUGUUAUUGGAAAUCUCUUUAAAUUUAAUAACUGUGUUGUAAAUUAGCUAAGCACAAAACGUACUCUGCAGCUUCUAUCGUCUUGUCAUACAGAAGUACAGUCAUUUUGAAUUUUUGAAGAAGAUUUUAUGAAUAUUGUGAUGUAUUUCAAUUUUAAAUUUUUUUUUUCUUUUAAUACUUAAAAAUUGUAAGAAACUAUAUGCAUUCAGCUUUAUCCAAAUAUUUUUAAUAAUUUCAUUUUAAUUUAAUUAUGCUGAAAAUUUGCUACACUUUAUUUAGUAAUUAAUUAUGAUUUAACUUUGUUUUUGAAAAAGCAGUGUAUUGUAUAUCAACAUUGUAAUAAACUCUUGAAACAUGCUAAUACAUGUACAUUUCAACAGAAUCUUAUACCUACAUAACAGUUCAAAAAUGUUCUUGAAAUGUACUUUUCUCCCCGAGAUUGAAUUAUUGGUACUUCUCAAAAUGUGUUUAGCUGCAGUAGUGGAUUUUAAAUGGAAAGACAAUUUUCUCCCCUUAAAAAUUCAGAUUGAUCAGAGAGUAUGGUCAAAUAUUUUAUGAAAAAACUAAAUGUACUGUACAAUAUGUGGUAUGUAAGUCUCUCCUAUAAGCUUCUUAUUUUAUAGGAUGAGAAAACUUUCACGGGCUCUCAAAGUAGCCUUUUAAUAAAUUAGAUUGAUUAUCCUUGGUUCAAUUUUUAUUACACUUUCAGUUGUUGAAAGUUUUUAGAAAAUCUACUAGGAUUCUAUAUUUAUCAUACCAUUAUAUUGUUAACUACAAUAAUAUUUUGUUUUUAAAGUUUUUGUAACAAACUGAGGUAAAUUCGUUUUUAUAUUAUGCAUAUUUUAUUCUUGAAAAAAUAUUUUUAGUGAGAGAAUAAGUUAUUAAAUUAUAAUUAAGUUUUUCAAAGAAUUUCCUUCUGUCAUUUUUGUUUGAUCUCACUUUUUGUUGUUUUAAGCGAUAAAUAUUGAUAUGUUUGCACAUUUCACUAUGAUUUUUAUUCCUGUACAAAUGUUUUCUUUCCUGUUUUGUAGAUAUUUGAAAAGGUUUAAACUGUUUUUUGUUAGUAGGCAUCCCAAGUCUUAUUUUAGGUUUUAUAAAGAUUAUAUUAAUUUUUUUGAACUUUCGAAAUUUGUGUUUUCUAUUUUUAAAUGCAUUAAUAUUUUUUCUUAUUAAUAUCUUUAUUUUUAUUGAAAUAUCUGCAAUGACUUUUCUUGCUCCAAAAUAGUAUAAUUAUAUAUGACCCUUUUAGAAUGAUGUGAAUUUAUUUCAAAAAUUAAAAGGAAAAAUAGCUUGAAAGUUGUAUAAAGUCAUUUUAAGAUAGUAAAAAAUGUAAAUUCA